GAAAAUUGAGUUAUUUGGACCCUGGAGGAUUGACGAAAAGAAUACGCAUGCUUUAUUUAUCACAAGUAGAGAUGAAUACUAUAUGGUACCAUCAGGAAAUUCUUUGACACUUAAUCGAGAUAUUAAGGAGGAACAGACUAUUCCAGCUUGAUACUGUCAAGAAUUUCUUAUAAGCAUGGGAACAGGUUCAUCUUUGAAGUAUUUUUUCCUUCUUCCAAUAUUAUUCCAUUGGAGCUUCUCUGAUUCCUUUUAUUGAACAUAAUGAUGCCAAUUGAGCUUUAAUGAGUUCUAAUAUGCAACGUAAGUCCGAAAAAUGCAUUGAAAGUCAAAGCCAUGGACAGUGAAACAUGCAUUAUAUUACUGACAUAGUUGGAAAAUGAAAAUAUUAGCACAACCAAAGCCCUAUAAAGAAACAACGUAGGUGUUUCCGAUGUUGUUUCUAUGGCUUUACAAUGUUCUAAUUUCUACUAAUUGGAACGAAAUGAAUCCUUAACCUUUACGUUUCACGUGAUAUGACCAUUUUCAACAAUAAUAUCACCACCACUCUCUCAAAUGCCUCUUUCUCGCAAACCGCUUUCUCCGUCGACGUCCACCGGAGCCAAGCAAAUCCCCGGCGGCGAUUUUGCUCCGGCGCGGCGAUUGACCAGGCAGAGGAAGCUCCGGCACCUCACUAACCAAGACACUGGCUUCUUCCAUUCCGAUGAGUUUUCGUUUCUUCCGGGUUCGCCGGAGUUUCGCUCCCACGGCGGUUCCGACCACCGGUCGUUCUCUGCUCUGCCGCAACCGCUGCCGCUUCCCGAAGCUCCGUUGACUCGUCGAGCAAAGUCAAUCAGCUCCGGUUGCGUACAUCGUCGUCGCCUUUCAUCUUCGGUAGAACAAGAUGGCUUUACUAUUUCGAGGAACACAGUGUAUCAAGAUGCAGUGACAGUGAACAGUUUUAGCUUCAAUCCGAAGAUUGAAGAGGGAUCUCAAAACCAUAAAUUUUUGUCCAGGGUGUGCCCUGAAAAUAACCUUCUGGAUUCACAUCCCUUACCCCUUCCACCUAGAGCUUCAUCACCAAAGCAAUUAUCUGUUGUGCUGCAUCAAUCAAGAAUCAAGCAUCACGCUACUGAAAAUCUGCCUUCAGUGAAAGGUCGAUGGCAGAAAGGAAAACUUAUUGGACGUGGUACUUUUGGAAGUGUUUUUCAUGCAACCAACAUAGAAACUGGAGCCUCGUGUGCCAUGAAGGAGAUCAGUUUAAUUGCUGACGAUCCUACAUAUGCUGAGUGCAUUAAACAACUGGAACAGGAAAUCAAAAUUCUCGGUCAACUACACCAUCCCAACAUAGUGCAGUAUUAUGGAAGUGAAACAGUUGGCAAUCAUUUGUACAUAUAUAUGGAGUAUGUCUACCCGGGAUCAAUAAGUAAAUUUAUGCGUGAACAUUGUGGAGCUAUGACAGAAUCUGUGGUUCGCAAUUUUACGAGGCAUAUUCUCUCUGGAUUAGCUUACUUACAUAGUAACAAAACCAUCCACAGAGAUAUCAAAGGUGCAAACUUGCUGGUCAAUAAAUCAGGCAUUGUGAAGCUUGCAGAUUUUGGGCUGGCGAAAAUUCUAAUGGGGAAUUCAUAUGAUCUUUCUUUUAAGGGUAGUUCUUAUUGGAUGGCUCCAGAGGUCGUGAAAGGUUCCAUAAAGAACGAAUCCAAUCCUGAUGUUGUCAUGGCCAUUGAUAUAUGGACCUUAGGGUGCACCAUUAUAGAAAUGUUGACAGGCAAACCUCCUUGGAGUGAAGUUGAAGGGCCUUCAGCCAUGUUCAAGGUACUGCUAGAGUCCCCACCCAUACCUGAAACUUUAUCUUCAGUGGGAAAGGAUUUCCUCCAGCAAUGUCUCCAAAGUGACCCUGCAGAUCGACCAUCUGCGGCAACGCUUCUUAAGCAUGCCUUUGUGCAGAAUUUGCAUGGUCAAGGUGUUAUAGUUCGUUCACAAUCAUAUACAAGAGGAGACCUAGGACAAGGAGGUAAUUCAGCUAGUCCUAGAGACACUACCAAAAAUAGACGUGGCAUAAUGCAAGCCUCCAAUAGCACACUUAUUCUUAACAAAAUUCAGAAAUCAAUCGGCAAUGCUAAGGAGUCUCAUCAUAUUAGACCUUACCAUCACUCUCAUGUUCCUGAAGUGAACAUUCUUCAAUCUUCAUUGGAAUCCAGCACCCUCAAUUGCAUGUCUGUUGCAAAUUCCAGAAACGUUUCCACCGUCACGAGAAUGAUCACGAACUUCUGAUUCAUGUUACCGUAAAAAAAAAAAAAAAAAACUUCUGAAGCAUGUCAUCACGCUUAAAAUUGGAGGGAUGAAUGAAUUUUGCAAAAAUUCAACUGCAGAAUUAAUAUUGCAGGGAUUUAGGAGCUGGCCAUCCAUGAAGUUAGAAUUUUUAUUUAUUCAAUAUACUCAAAGAUUGCGAGGUAAAAGAUGUGAUAAAAUUCAUAUUGGUUUGUCGUAACUAGUAAGUACUAUUUUUUUUGUACAUGAUGAUAGUGAGGCUCUGCUACUUAUACUCUGGCAAGAAAUUCACGUGUAAAUAUACAAUAAUAUAAAUUGUACGAUUUUGGUAAACCAUUUUUUUUUA